AUGGCCACGUUCGACGAUAUCCUGGUAGAAGUGGGAGGCUUUGGCCCAUACCAGAGAAGAGUGUUCAUCCUGAUAUACCUAACCUCAGCCAUCUUCUCUUGGCUGUACCUCGGCUUUGUGUUCCUGGCCGUUACUCCCGACCAUUGGUGCAGGAGUCCCGGAGUGUCCGCACUGAGGACCAAAUGCAACUGGUCCCUGGAGCAGGAGAAGAACUUCACGUUGCCCGUGGGCCGCGCUGGGAGCUCCCCGUACAGUCAGUGCGAGAGGUUCGACAUAGACUGGAAUUCCUCCUCCGUCAGCUGUGAAGAUCCACUUCCCUUCUCCUGGAAUCAUUCCCGAGAUCUUCCCCUGACAAGGUGCCGGGACGGAUGGGUUUUUGAAAACGGUUCUAUCUCCAGCAUUGUAACCGAGUUUGAGCUGGUGUGCACGGACGCCUGGAAGGUAGAUCUAACUCAGGCCUGCCUCAACCUGGGCUUCAUGGUGGGGACGAUCGCCAUUGGCUACGCGGCAGACAUGUUUGGCCGCAGGUCCUGCUUCCUGUUCGCCACCUUCGUGACCUCGGUCGCUGGUUUGCCGCUGGCGUUUGCCACGAGUUACCCCUGCUUCCUGAUCCUACGCACUCUGCAAGGUCUCUUCAGCCGAGGCGGAUGGAUCGCUGCUCAGGUCCUAAUGACGGAGCUGGUGGUUUCGGAACAGAGGAGGCGAGCGGGAAUCCUCAACCAGAUGUGCUUCAGUUUGGGGAUGAUGCUCCUGCCAGCUGUUGCCUACUGGCUACCGGCCUGGAGAGACCUGCAGCUGGUUAUCACCGCCCCAAACCUGCUCUUCCUCACCUACUACUGGCUGAUCCCCGAGUCUCCCCGGUGGAUGAUCUCCCGACGGAAGGAAGCGGAGGCGGUUCGGAUUCUACGGCAGGUGGCGGCAAGGAACGGCGCUCGCUGGUCGCCCACGGCUCAGACUGUUACCAUGGAGGAGAGGGAUGGAGAGGUGACUCGUCCGAACCUGCUGGACCUGGUCAGGACUCCAAGGAUGAGGAAACACACUUUGAUUCUGAUGAUAAACUGGUUUGCCAGCGCUCUGGUCUACCAAGGGCUGGUCAUGCGCUUGGGAACGCUGGGUGGAAACAUCUACCUUAACUUCUUCAUCUCCGGAGCUGCGGAAAUCCCGGCCUCGAUCAUUGUCCUUCUGGUCAUCGAGAGGAUUGGGCGCCGCCUCCCCUUCGCUGCCGGCGGGCUCGUGUCGGGGGCAUCCUGCCUGAUCGCAGCCUUCAUACCCGAGAAUCUCCGCUGGCUGAAGACCGUGGUCACGUCCUUGGGCAGGCUGGGUAUAACUAUCACCAUGGAGAUGGUGUGCUUCGUAAACACAGAGUUGUACCCCACUUAUUUACGGAGCUUCGGUGUGUCGGUGUGUGCCUCGCUGUCGGACCUCGGUGGCAUCCUCUGCCCGUUCCUGGUGUUCAGGCUGGCUGCCCUCUGGGUGCAGAUGCCGCUCGUGGUUUUUGGGGUGAUCGGGCUGGUUUCCGGGGUCCUAGUGCUGUUUCUGCCUGAGACAAAGGGGUUGACUUUGCCCGACACCAUCGAGGAGAUCGAGGACAUCAGCCGGUGA